ACUUCCGCUCCCUUCGGUGUACGUCAGGCAGGAGGCGGAAGCGCAGCGGGGGCGGGAAGGUUGUAGAGGCGCAAGUUGGGCUCUGUUUGCAGGUCUCUAAGUGGUCGCGCCCCCUUUGAGAGAGCGAUCGGACGGCAAGGAGGGUCCUGGGUGCUCUCUUGGCCCUGGGGACUGUAAAGUGCUGACCAGUUGCCACUGAGCAUAGCUGAAACAAAAUAGGAAGAUAUGGCAGCAAACCCUUCAGGACAAGGUUUUCAAAACAAAAACAGAGUUGCAAUCUUGGCAGAACUGGACAAAGAGAAGAGAAAAUUACUAAUGCAAAACCAAUCCUCAACUAAUCAUCCUGGGGCGAGCAUCGCACUCUCGAGACCCUCUCUUAAUAAGGACUUCCGGGAUCAUGCCGAGCAGCAGCAUAUCGCAGCCCAGCAGAAGGCAGCUUUGCAGCAUGCACACGCACACUCAUCUGGAUACUUCAUAACUCAAGACUCUGCCUUUGGGAACCUCAUUCUUCCUGUUUUACCUCGCCUUGACCCAGAGUGAAGAAAAGAUUUGUCAAAAGUGACUAUAAUAUCAGAUGCCAAAGCUACUCUCAUUUAGUGCUAUACGAACUGUGACUUUCAGAAUUUUGGUGAACUUCUAUACUUUUUUGCUCCUUUAAAAGAAAGGCAUGUAUAUGUCGAAGCAGAAAAGGAGGGUCACCAGGAGGAUGAGAGUUUUGGAAGCCGUAUUAUCUAAGGAACUGAUGAUGCUACUUGUGACUGUUUUGGAACACAGUUUGAUUUUUGAACCCAAAUCAGACUCUGAAUUGGAUGGUCACAUAAAUUCACCCCCCACCCCCAACUAGGUGGAUUGAAUAUAUCAUUGUCCGCAGUAGACUUUCAUGAAUAGUACUUAACUUUAAAGAAAUGAGGGUGCUUUUAAAAAUGUGAACCAGUAGGCUUAAAUGAUUUACAUUCAUAUUUGCUGUUUAUAGAAUUGCUAUCAGUGUGCCUUCUGUGUUUAUAGUCAACUUGUCAUUCUUAAAUAUUCUUUAACUCGUGACUAACUCCUUUAUUCUCCAUUUUCAAAGAAAAUCUAAGAGUAAGUUACCAACCAGUCUUUAACAUCUUUUAUAAACCUAUGCUACUAUAAAUUAUGUGACUAAAUGUGAUUAAAAACAAUGAUAAGAAAUGUGAUUUAAAAAUUCGUACGUCCUCUUAUUAUUUAGUGUUAGUACACGUAUGGUGUGCCCACAUUUUAUUGUCCAUUUUUGUUCUAAUUAAAAACAGAUGUGGGGCA